GGGAUGUGAUCAGCCUUGGGGAUCGACAGCUCACUGUUAUGCACAUGCCUGGUCAUUCAAGAGGCAGUAUUUGCUUACACGACAAGGACAGAAAGAUUUUGUUCAGUGGAGAUGUGGUGUACGAUGGAUCCAUGAUUGACUGGCUUCCCUACAGCAAGAUCAGCGACUAUGUUGCAAGUUGCCAGCGCCUUAUGGAGUUAGUGGACAGAGGUCUUGUGGAAAAGGUACUACCUGGGCACUUUAACAUAUUUGGGGCAGAAAGGCUAUAUUGGUUAGCUUCCAACUACAUUUCCCAAGCUGGAGUUUGUCACAAGAUUUCUACUUGUGCCAUGAGAUCCAUUGCGAGCAUAGCACUUCACAUUACAAAUUCAAGAGUCACUUCUCAGUGA